GAUCGUGAAUCCUCCAUCUCGCGCUCUUGCUCAUUUGUCAUCGAGCAUGCACGUACCCUCGCUGUCGUCAAUUGUUAUCUCGAAAAUCGUUCGGCAAACGAAGUCCCUUCUCAAACGGAGAAGCCCGGGUGCGAACAAAAUUAACGUGAACGAACGAAAAUCCUGAAACUCCUUGAAAUUCCCUUGGGUGAUUCCCCUCGAGAGCGGAUUGUUUUCGGUGAUCGUGAGCGCUUCAAUCAAAGGACUAAACGAUCGACGAUGAUCGGCCCUCGCGCAAUCGACGACACGCUGGUCCACCGGCUCCUUCGGCAAUUUCGCGUUCCUAAUGCCUAGCUUCCUCGGACGUUACCUUGGUAUUUCCAGUCAAACCGAACGAUUGAUAAUGAACAUCCUGGGCCUGGUCAAUAGCACGCUAGAUUGGAGUGCCAUUAAAUGGAGCAACAAGCUCGAACAAAUUUGGAACUUGUCCCUGUCGCAGGGGACGCUUAUUUUCGACACUAUCGGCGAGGAUACUAUUAAAACUGUUCUAUCAUGGAUCGUAAUCACGCGAAUCGUCAUCGCCCACCUGUACACAUUCUCCUACAUGAUCAAUCUUUAUCCGAUAUUAACGUCGAGACGACCGAACUUGCUGCUGCCCUGGCUGAUCCUCAGCUUUUUCAAAAACGUCGUGUUGGAGGUAAUCGUAAUCGCCGUUGGUCUUCUGCUUUGGUACGACAAGAGAUUUUCGUUGACAAUUUUCGUCGAAUUCGUCCUCGUGAAGGUGAUCCCUUUGAUCGUUUUCAGCUACAUCUGGUACUCCAACUCCUGCCUGUUCCUGGAGCAACGUCACCUGGAGAAGAUGCGAAUGUUGAAAAGAAUGAGGAGCGACCCGAAUCUGAUUGUCAGUCGGCUGUGCUCGAAGUUGGUUGACUCCAAGUACAGAACCCGGUCGCUGACCACAUUGAUAUCCUGCGAGAGCUAUGAGACGUACGACAGCAGCGACACUAUCUCGCGGAUCAUCGACGACCCGAGUCUAACACCGGGCCAGAAAGCGGCGAGGAUCCUUGGACUGACCGACCAGGACAUCGCCGAGGCGCGCAUCAGGAUCAAGGAGAGGGCUGUUCGCCAAAAAUUGUCGGAGGAGGACGACGACUCGCUGGAAAGAACCGCGAAACGGAACGUGUCCCGAUACUUUUUCGACGAGUACGACUGGAACGUGAUGGAGGACAAACGCGCGAAAAGAAACGUGGAUAAAGUCGCGAUCGUGGAUGAAACGAUGGAGGAGGAUAAGAUGGAUGAAAUCGCUGAUGAAGAUGAUCGUGAGGAAAAUGAAAUCUCGAUCACCAGCGAUAAAAUUAACGAAAGCGAAAGAAAAGCGGAGGAUCGAGUCGCGACGGACGAAACGACGAGUGAUAAAAAUGAAAAUGAAACGGCGGCGGAUCGAGUUACGAUGGAUGUAAUUCAGAAAAAUCCAUCCACGUCCUCGAUAAACCUCGUGGACCUACGGAAUCCAUCCUUCCAACAUUCAUCGACGAAGGAAAAAGGAGGAACAGACUUUCCAGAGACGAAUGGCACGAAGCAAACGGAGCUGCAUCCAUCCGAUCACGCGGAGAACUUCGAUCAACAUGGCUGCCCUUCUUCAACCGAGCGAGACUGGUCACCCGUGAAUCUUUCGAAGCACACGGAACAAAGCGUAGAGAAAAGUAGCAGCUCCGUGAAACUGCGAUCGCUGUUCGGCUGCAAUUGUAUCGUCGACGAUUAUCUGUACAACAAGACACUGGAGGAGUAUUGCCUCUCGAACGGCUCCGUAAUGAGGAACUCCACGCCUAACGAGAGCAUCGACGAAGACAAGAUGACGAGAGAUGUGGAGGACGAUUGCAAAAAUUCGAAAAGCACAACCUAUCACUCGUGCUUGGACAAUAUCGAUCGAAAUAAUACCGAGAAUCAAAGAGCAGAGUUUACCAUGGACAACAGUUUACCUUUGAUAGAGAAACUGUUGCAAAAUGAUUUGAACAUAUUGAAAAGUGUCCGAAGGGGCAAUCAGUUGCCAAAGUUGGAGAACAGUAAACCGAACGAUAAACCGAUGCACGAGGUUCUCAACAUCUCGGACAUUUUGAAGGAUCUGAACGUGACGAGGAACGUGGUGACGAACUUUGGGAUCUUGAAGGUUGCCGAAUCUGACGAAAGCGAGUUGAAGGCUGACGGUGAAAUAAAAAGGGCUGUGGUUUCUAUGCCCGUUGCCGACGGUAUUGUGAAUACCGUGCAGAGGGGCGAACGAAAUACCGAGAAGAACGUAGUAAAAGUGAACUCUUUCAGCGACACGAAUAUCCCAAGGUUCUUCAAAGAUUCGAUGAAAGUUUUCGACGGUUGUUACGAGAAGGACUUCGCCAAUAACACCGAACUCCAGUGUUUGCUCCGACAGUUGGAGAAGAAGAAGUGGAGCAUAUUUCCAGCACAGCUUGGCCAAGACGCGUUGAUACCCUCGAACGUCUUGAAGGAGCAAAACGAUCAAGACAAUUCGUCGUCGACUGUGCGAGACUUGAGAAUCGUUGGGCUGCCUAACGAUCAUAAUUUCAGUACGAUGAAGAGAUACGAAAUCUCGGAGGCAACCAACGACGAAACGCAGCUUGCCCCUGAAAUCGUACAAACAAACGAGCAAUCCCGCGACGAUUUCUCCGUCGUAUUGAGCAACGCUCUAAAGCCAAGUGCCGCGAGCUUCGCGAAGGACGCCCACACGCAGACCGAGAACGACCUCGAUCAGAGAAGUUCCACCAGCAACCUCGUCGAAGCACAGAAGAAGCACAGAAAGACGUUCUUCAAGUCCAAACGUACGAAAGAACCGUCUGAAGAAAGACGCGUGUCGCCGAUCGCGAAUCACCGCGAACGCAAGAGCGACUCGCGUACGCGAGGCUCGAAGAGGUUGCCAGUUGCGCAGAAGGGUGAAAAGUCGACGAAGCCGGGAGCCGAGAACCCGAGGAAACAGUCCGACGAGAGUGUCUGCGAGUGCAGAGCUCAGUCGCGGAGAGACAGCAGCGACAAAAGAUGCGAGAUAAACAAGAAAUGCUUGACGAGAUGCAAGGUGGAGACGUUCGGGACGAUACCGUUCUCGCAGGUGGUCCGGCCGGCGAUAUUCGACUCGGUGAUCUAUCGCAGGAAACAACCGCCGUCGUGCACGCGGAGGACGAAGAACGAGGCCGGGAACGUUUCCACCGCUGCGAAUUCGAAAAGGACGCCGACCACUUUGAAGAAACAUUCGGAGACGUCGAAGACGGCGGUGCACAGCUCGAAGAAAUUCAAGUGGAAGAGCCCGAGAGUGGGGAAUGAGGGGGAGAGGGAAGCUCGGGAGAUGAGAGCCCUGAAGGCGUACAACGAGGUGACGCUGCUGAAGGACAAGAAGGAGCUGGAAGCUAGGAAGAGACCCAACGCGGGAAGGCAGUCGGCUGCAGCCGCGAGUCCUGAAAGCUCGAGAACUCACUCGGAUCGUAGCAGGAAGAGGAACGUCCCCCGGAACGUGGACGACUAUUACGACAAGGAGAACUUGUUCGUGGACGCGACCACGGAGACCGAGCCGUUGCUGAACGUGGAUAGUAAAACGUUCGUCACGACGAGGAAAGCGUUGCUCUCCGAAAAGUACUCUUGCUCCAGCAAGCUGUCCAAGGUGAGAAAAAUCGCCGACAAACUGCUGUUGGACAAUUUCGAUCGGUUGCGCGGUGCACAGGCGAAGCAGAGUGUGAAGAGCAAGAGGAUUGGGGACGAAGUGGAGACGAAGAACCAGCACACCAAGUACAGCAGACCGAAGAAAUUGACAAAGGAGGAGGGGGAGAGCAACGAUGGCUCCAUGGUUUCGAUGAGGAAGUUGGAAGGCACGCAGAAAGGUCGAGAAUUGGAGAGGAUACCCGCCAAGAAGGACGUCAGAGAUCCUCCGGAGAUCCCUGCAAUGUCUUCUGACGUAAACUCCUUUUGUCGUAUUCUCGUUGUGAACGAACGAGACAAGGAGACUUCGACCUCUGCGAACCUCUCCGUAGACUUUGGCGGCCAAGCUGGAUCCUUGCUGACGGUGAUGAAGCCUACGACGACUCAAGACGUUGCCUUCUCGUGCUCUUCCAGCACCAUUGAUCAGGAGGAUGAACCAUACUUCCCGGAACAAGACGAUGCCAACACACAGACGAUCGAACAUGGAGCAAGAAGACCACUCGAACUCGAGGAGGAACAUCAAACCGAGGAUCACAAAAAGGAAAAUGAAUUAGUAUCAAAAACUUGCGAAGACGUCAAGGAAGGACUUGCACCAAUACUAGAGAUCAAAGACCAGCCGAGUACAGAGUUUCAAGCAACAUUUGAAACCCACCAGAAAGAAUCUGAUUCCGUAUUAAAAACGGAGGAUCAGCUAAAAAAAUUUGAAUCAGAAGACCAAACAGAGGGAAUUGAUCCAACAUCGAACACAGAGGAGGAACAUCGACAGGAGACUUCAAAUAUCAGAGACAAAUAUUGUCAAAAACAAGUGGAAGGUGAUGAAAAGGAAGAAACGAAAGAACCGAAAGUUUUCUCACAGCCCGUAAAAGGUGAAACAGAUGUUGCACGGAACGAAGCAGAAGAAGAUAUUGUCGAGGUAUUGCUGAACGAACCCGAAACGAUCACGCGGAGAGUAAUCUCGAAUCUGUCGGAUCUCGGUGGGUUCGACAUCAACUACGUGAUUUUAAACAGUUCCGAGGCUUCGAGAGAGAACGACACCCCGGUGUGGGACAUCGUGGACGAAGACACCGUGAGAACCCUGCACAACAUGUUCGCCUAUCGGUCGUUGGACGCCAGUUUCGACUUGUCGAGUGAGUUUUACACGAUGGAGGAGAUUUUGAACGGCAGGCAGACGGUGUCGUCGUCGUCGUCGUCGGACGAAUUUAUCUUCCAACCGAGCAGAAACUCGUGGAGCCUUCCCAUGUACGAGCACACCGCUCUCCGCGUGAUUCGUCCGCAUCGAAGAGGCGUGGAAGAGGGAGAAGACGACGGUGAGAAUUCACUCUGCGACUUCUGCAUCACCGCCAUCGAUCACGAGGAUCUGCUCGAGAUCGACGAUCUCGAGGACAACGAUGAGCACCGGAUCGUCAGCGAGCUCGGAUUGAACGACUUUCUGACCCAGCUGGCACGCAUCUGGAGGAGCUUGAACCUGCGCGGAUUGCUCGCCGGAGUGCUCGAGACUGUUCACGACGAUAGAACUGAGACGUCUCGGUUGGUACCUCGCGAGGAAAUAGAGGAAACUGAAGAAACGCAGGAGGAACGCUCGCUGGAGGAGCAGAGAGCGUUGAAAUUCUUCGAGGAUGAUUGCCUGAGAUUCGUCAAGGAAGACAUCUUCACGAACAUCAAGUUCCCCGUUGUGAUCAACUUGGCCGACGCGAUAGAUAACGUGGAGGAUCCAGAGGACACGGAGCUCGACCUUGACGUAUCGAGUAAAACGAACUUGCUCUCUCUGAUGGACGACAGACACGAAGAAGAAGAAGAAGAAGUUGAUGACGAGGACGAAGAAACAACGAGAAACGAGUACCUCGAGACGCUGCAGACGUUUUCCCCGAUAUCGAUCGUUGACAGCUACGACGCUUUCGGGAGAGUACUACACGAAGAGAGCGGAACGUCUUACUCGAAAGUGUCCUCGAACGAUCACACUCCGAUCGCGAGUGACAAGUUGAAGAAAAGGUACAUGCUGGUACGUUCGGAGCCGGUGCAGGCUCGCAGGGAGAGCUUGAAUCGUACGUACGAGAUACUGGAGGAUGUCGACGCUGAGGAAGAGCUGGUGAACGUGGAGGAAAGCAUCGACAGCGCGCAGCUGGAUGAAAUGGUCACUCUGACGGAAGAUGUCGAGGAGAUUAUUAGGAAAUUAACGAAAGAGACGGAGGAGCGCGAGGAAAUCGAGAAGAUAUACAAGCACGAGGAUGUUGAAGAGGAGAAGGAAACCGAGAAUGUGGAGUUGGAGGGCGAGGAUGACCAAGAAGAUUCUCUCGAGGGAACAAACUCGAGCGAGACGUCGGAUUUCGUGGUCGGCGAGCAAAGGAUCGUGUCCCUGUACACGAUCAUCAUUUUCUGGAUGCUGGUGUUCUGCUUUUACGCGCGACACUUCUACCAAAAGAUCUUCCUGUUCAAGCAGGCGUCGACGUCCACGUCGACCUUGAAACCGUUCGAGAUUCACGCGCCGACGUCGACGGCCACGUUCCUCGAUAAUUCGCGAUCGACGGACCAAACAGAGGGGGAAGAGCACGAAGAAGAUACGGAGGAACUGGAGGAAGACGACGAUUCGUUCGACAGGAUCGUCGACCUCGAGACGAUAGACGUUUCCCGAUUCGACGAGUACGACUCGGUGAUGAAUAUUGUCGACUGGACUCUGUACUCGAACAGUUCGAGAGUCGGACGGUUGAGCGAAGAGAUUGAAGAAGAGAAGUCCGCGUUGCGUUUGAAGAGACGAAUUUUAGGAGACAUCGAGAUCUGUCCAAACGAGUCGCCGGAAGAAGAAAUGGAAACCUCGGUGGAGUCAAGUUCGAAAAUCCAGUCGGUUUCUCUAACGUCUAGCAACGAGUCGAGUGUCGUCGAGAAACCGAAGGAACUUGAAGGAGACUCGUUGGAACUGCGUUUAGCUGCUGAAGAAAUCGAGACGUUCAGAUACAGGGCAGACGACGACUCGAGCUCGUCGGAAUCUCGUUUAACGCGCGACGAUCUGCGCGAGGCAAAAGUGAGGACAGACAGAGUUGAAGAAGUCCAAGCUGACAGCUGUGGGACAAUGUUUGUCGCGGUUGAUGAACGAUCGAGCAAAGACGAGGAUGAAGAGGAGAGAAAAGGAGAAAACGUCGAGAGAGCUAGGACAUUCGCGAAAGGAGACGAGCGCUCGAGUUCUUCGCCUCGAAAUUCAGGGGGAAAUUUCACGGAGAUGAAUUUGCGAACGAAUGACAGUUUCGAUUCCACGUGCACGGCGGUUUCGCUGGUGUCGAGGAACGCAGCUUCCGCGAUCGAUCUCAACGACUCGUCGAUGGAAGAAUUCGCGAUCGCCUCGAACGAAUCGGUCGCGUCGAACGAAGGCAGUUGAACGAAAUCCGCCACGAAUCUCUCUUUUCUUUGC